ACGUAGUGUCUCGUGUGGUGUUGUAUAGCUAGCUAGCAGCUAGUCAGUUGCACCAGUCUUCUCCAUCAUCCACUUCAUCAUUCUGUCCGGUGUUGUGCUCGAGUGCAGACACUGCUUUCGUAGUCUCCCCGACCCGUUGCGUUUUUGUGACCUAGCAAAGUGUAUCCAUCCGGUGCAAUUCAAAGUUCAGACCAUAGGCUCUGAAGAAGAGAUAGUGUUUCCUCGCGUCCUCUAUAUAGUUAUCCUGAAUUUCCGGAAGUUGCUUACGGAUCGGUUCCGUGCUCUAGUGUGGAUUAUCUACCUGCCCAGCCCCAGAGCACCACCGAGUGAAGUUGGGUGGCAUUGUGCAAAGUGUGAAGUUGUGUCCAGGCGUGAUUCCUAGGAAGAUCCUCUUUCCCGCGGCGCGAUCGUUCAGCUGAAAACCGGGCGUAUAUGUGUGAUCAGGCCAAACCUCGGAAGAAAAAGGAAAAGUUCCAGUACAAUAAAUCGAUUAUGGCUGCUACCAGCGUCGUGGUGCUAGAUCGUGGUAACAACACAACCUGCACCAUCAAUCUGCACGGGGCAACUGUCGUAUCCUGGCGUGUUAACAAUCAAGAGCAGCUUUUUGUCAGUAAACUAGCCGUAUUCGAUGGCAAGAAAGCGAUACGAGGAGGCAUACCAUUUGUAUUUCCUCAAUUCGGCCCCUGGAACUUCGGACCACAACAUGGCUUCGGACGAGUGGUACGAUGGACGUUAGAACGGGCACCGGAACGUCUACCCAGUGGGGACGUAGAAGCAGUCUUCAGCCUGAUGGACAACGAAAUCACACGAUCCAUGUGGAACUACCCCUUUCGCAUAACGUACCGAUUGAUCCUCCGGGAGAAGGAACUUCACUUCCACAUUGGGGUGUACAACCCCAGCAAGGACCUGACGUUCUCUUUCAACCUGCUGCUGCACACAUACCUGAAGGUCCCGGACGUCAGACGGUGUCAAAUUACCGGCCUGCACGGGUGUACUUUUAUCGAUAAGACUAGAGAUGGUGCUAUCUAUCAGGAAGGACGUGAUGUAGUGACAAUCAACGAAUGGACGGAUCGAAUCUACCAACACACACCCCAGGAACACAUUAUCACCAAUGUCGUGUCCGGUAGGAAAAUGCGGUUGCAGAAGUACAACUUCCCCGAUACCGUUGUGUGGAAUCCUUGGAUGGACAAAGCCCGAGAGUGUCAAGAUUUUGGUGAUGAUGAAUACCCGAACAUGAUCUGCGUAGAGGCUGGUCACGUGUCCACUCCGGUCAUCCUCCUUCCCGGUACCGCGUUCGAAGCAAGCCAAAUACUUCAGGUCAUGUGAGUAGAAACCCAGGGAGGUGCUGUGACCCGCAGUAAAGGUUCCUCCCGAGCAAAAUCCAAGAAGAAGCAACAACAGCAACAGCAAAGCCA